GAAUUAUGAAUUGGUUUUCAUUUGUUAUUUGAUUUUCUAAGAAUUACUUUCGUAUUGUAUUUUGUUGGAUAAUUUUGUGUUAGAUUUUUUAUCUGUUCAAUGGGAAUGGUAAAUUGGUUAAGCAUAAUUUGUUUUUCAUAGUUUCUUUUACAAAUUUCUGUCCCGAUACCAUGCAGAGACUGUGAUUUGCGGUUGCUUUAUGAGACGAUCAACUUUGAAAUGGAUCUCCUCUAGUGAUUGGAAAAUAGAAUUGCGUCUUGUGGUUGGGGAAACUUUAGACUGGCAAAUAGACAUUGAUUAUAAUAUUUGUGUAUGUGUAGUGAUGACAUAAGCCAGAAAAUGAAAUGGAAAAAAUGAGAAGGGUAACUGUUUUGGAUAGGGUAAUAACUGUAUAGCUACGAGGUUGCUAAAUAUGAUUUUGACAACUGCACUGCUUGCUCUUGUCAUCGUUUUCUAGGCUUCUUGAGGAUGUGCCGUGAGGCAAUCCUUACACGAGAGCUUCAUUCAGAGCCUCAAAGCUUAUGCUUUAAAAGCCAUUUGUCAAGUCUCGCACCUUGACUUUCUGAGGCGCAUGUCUCUGGGAAUGUCACUUGCAGCUGAGGUAAAUCCCCCGAUUGGGAUUCGUUGGAGUCUGGUACAAAAAAAUCCAGUAUUUCAUCGGGUGGUCUGGCUCAAGAUAGAAAAGAGUUUUUUCGUAGAUUUGUGGAUAGUGAUCUAUUGACGGAAAAGCUUACAUAUUGGCUUGAGAAUAAUGCUGAAGAUAAUACGCUGCCUGCAUUUGAUGUUCCUUUUGAAUUGGUAGAUCUUCAGAAGUUUGAUUAUGCACUCGAAGGUGUUCCCUUCCAGCAACUGAUUCGGAUGCCUAGUGCUAUUUAUGCAUCAACUCCUGGCACUUUUGAAGCGACUGCUUAUCUUGCUCUUGAGGACUUCAUGCAUGCAAGUGCGAACAGCUUGUGGGAGUCUUUCUGGGGUCAGGAGAACGAGCCAAUGCCUUUCUACGUUUCCUCUUUGUAUACUGCAAACUUGAGAUUUUACCAAGCUGAGAAAGCAAUUGCUAAGGGUAAACUUGGAGGACUUUGUGCCACGGCUUUAAUGCUAAAGAACCCUAGACAUUCACAAGGAAACUGGGAUGAUAUUCUUGAAUUAGCACUUCUGAGGCCUGACAUUGCUUCAGUAGAAAAUGACUCUAGACCAUCACUUCCAAUUAUAGGUGAAGCUUUGUUUUUUGCUCUUCGCAUAUUGCUUGCAAGAAGUCUCAACAGAUCAAGUACUCCUCUGAGUUUGAAUUCUGUGUUUGUUCUAGUAGUCGAUUGUCAAUAUGGCGGUGUUGUAAAAGUCGAAGGGGAUUUGAGUAAGUUGGAGUUUGAUGUAAAUAAUGUGUAUGAAUGUUCUGCUGCAUGGAUAAGAAAUCAUUCUCGAAUUGCCAUUUCCCCUAUUGAUAUGAUCUGGAACAAGCUUGGAAAUGCUAACUGGGGGGAUAUUGGUGCUCUGCAGGUACUUUUUGCUACAUUUCAUUCUAUCACACAAUAUGCUGGGAUGCCUAAGAUAUCAGUUGAAGAUCUGGCUGCCGACCACAGUUCCCGUCUUCAAGCUAGAAGGACUGAGAGGCAGUUAGGGGGUACAAGGGUGAAUGGAAAUGGCUUGUUUCGGUUCCAGCAGAGAAGUGCUUCACCUGAAAUAGUGGAAGUACAGGAAGAGUCUGCUAGAGUUGAAUCGGAUAAGUUAAUGAAGCUAGAAGUAGGAUCUGUUUUAUGGUUAGAGGACUCAGAUUGGCAGAAUGGUUAUCAUAUUAAUGAAGUUCUGAACGAUGGUGAGAUCCAAUAUCAUAUGGCAUCGCCUGUUGAAGACACAAGAAAGAAUUUGUUUCUGUAUGUUGGUUCACAUCCUUCACAGCUGGAGCCAGCGUGGGAAGAUAUGAAGUUGUGGUAUCAAGUUCAGAGACAAACUAAAGUAUUGAGCAUUAUGAAACAGAAGGGCUUAUCCAGCAAAUAUAUUCCCCAGUUGAGUGCGUCCGGCCGGAUAAUUCACCCUGGUCAGUGCCGGAGACCAAGUUCUGGCGGUAAUUGUGACCACCCAUGGUGUGGUACUCCUGUCCUGGUAACCAGCCCAGUUGGCACGACUGUUGCUGACAUGGUAAGAAUGGGCCAAUUUGGAUUAGAUGAGGCUAUCAGAUGUUGCCACGAUUGUUUAUCUGCUCUUUCUACAGCCGCUUUGGGGGGAAUUCGGCAUGGGGACAUCAGGCCUGAGAAUGUCAUUUGUGUAACAUCUGGUGUAAGGCAGCGUUACUACGUCCUCAUUGGUUGGGGACAUGCUAUUUUAGAUGACAGGGACCGUCCAGCAAUGAAUCUUCAUUUCUCUUCUACAUCUGCCCUUCAGGAAGGGAAGCUGUGCUCUGCUUCUGAUGCAGAGAGCCUGAUAUAUAUGCUUUACUUUUCUUCUGGAGGGGAUUUGCCUGUUCUCGACUCAGUUGAGGGGGCACUUGAGUGGAGAGAAACAGCUUGGUCAAGUAGGGUGAUACAACAAAAGCUUGGAGAUAUCUCAGCUGUGUUGAAAGCAUGUGCAGAUUAUGUUGAUAGCCUGUGUGGAACACCUUAUCCGAUGGAUUAUGAAAUUUGGUUGAGAAGGUUGAAAAGACAUAUUCGUGAGGAAGAUAAUGGGAAGGAAGUCGACACAUCUAGUUAACAGUAAGCUUUAAUUUCACCAGCACGUGUUUUCAUUUCGGGAUAUCCUUACCGGAUUUAUGACUCUUUUGUUGUAGAAGAUGAAAGGUAAAAGUUAAAAGGAAGGAAUUGAAGAACAUCCAGUGCCUGUUCAUGGAGGAGUUUAAGAAAGUAACAAUAUUCUUCAUUGUUUUUGCUUUUUGUAAAGAGUUGGCAUAGAAAUGUAUGUAUCAGCUUUCAUUAGUUGGUGUAAAGAUUAAGAUCCGUAAAGGUUGAAAAUUUUUAUUUA